UGUAUAUAUAUAUAUGUGUACACAUAUAUAUCCCGUAGGUAGUAAGAUCAAGCAUUUAGCAAACAGAAGAAGAGAAUGCCAUUAACAUAUUUGGUGGCUGUCAUCUUUCUUGUGAGCUCAUAUGAUGUUUCAUCAGUUUCUUUACCUCAAAAAAUAGUGCGAUACGAAUUAAAAGGACGUGCUGAAAUAUUUCAUAAUGGAAGCUGGGGUACUAUUUGUGAUGAUAGCUGGAACAAUGCAAGUUCUACCGUUUUCUGUAGAAUGCUUGGAUACAGCUCUGGUGUUUCUAUAAUUAAUACAUUGACUGUAGAUGGUCAAGGUAAAAUUAUAUUGGACGAAGUAACAUGUUCCGGGACAGAGUUAUCACUUGAUUCUUGCUCGCAUAACGCAUGGGGUAAUCAUGACUGCCAACAUAGUGAAGACACUGGCGUACAUUGUACAGCUCAACUAUUUCGUAUUUCUGAAGCUUCCACAGUAGGAGCAGCAGAAGUGUAUUAUAAGGGUAAAUGGAUGACAUUAUCAGAUAGUAAUUGGAAUGACAUUGAUGCCCAAGUUUUCUGUAAAUCAGUUGGAUACAGAUCGGGAAAAACACAUAGAAAUCCACGGGUUAGCACCAACUACUUUUUGCAUUCCGACAUACAAUGCACUGGAAGCGAGAAUAAUAUUAUGCAGUGUUUUAAAAGCAGAUCGCAGAACUUUACAAGGAAUCAGGCAUCGGUUGCAGGUGUUGAUUGCGAAGAAGCACGUGUUCGAGUAAUUGAAAAGAAUAUUUUUGGACGAGCAGAAGUCUUUUAUCGUAACAUAUGGGGUACCGUCUGUGAUGACGGUUGGCAAACAAGUGAGUCAAAGGUUUUCUGCAGAAGCAUGGGAUACAGUGACGGGGAUUACGUGGUAUACUCAUUAACUGAAGAUGGAACCGGAAACAUUUGGUUGGAUGACGUUAAUUGCAACGGUAAUGAGAAACGGAUAGUUGACUGUUCUCAUAGUGCACUUGGUACUCACAAUUGUGGACAUAACGAAGAUACUGGAGUGAAUUGUACAAUAGUGCCAAAGCGUUUCAUUUCUAAUGGCCAUGCCGAAGUAUUCUAUAACGGAGAGUGGGGAGGUAUAUGCGACAAUAACUGGAACAUAGAAAAUACGAUUAUUUUCUGUCAGGAACUUGGAUACACAUCCGGAAUAACAUUAAGAGGAUCGACCUCAAAGUAUUCAACAAAAACUUGGCUUCAGAAUGUUCAAUGUUCAGGACGAGAAUCUUAUAUCGACCAAUGUUCCCAUUCCGACUGGACUGACCAAAUUUGCCCUACAAACUCCUAUGUCAGAAUCAGCUGCUCACCAAAUUCAGUGUACCGAACACAUAGGCUCGGAGUUUCACUUUCAGAAGGAACAAAAGGAACUGUGAAUAUUACAAUAAGUGGCGUAAAAUCGAUUUUAGCAAUGCGUUCCAUGCCUAACCACAUAGCAGAAGCACUUUGUAAAACAAAAGGUUUUAGCACGGGUACAACAUUAGAGUAUAUCAACUUCCCUACAUCUCCAAAACUUUCGUGCAUUGAUCUUAUCGCUAUGUUCAAUGAUACUUGGAUAAUCAACUAUCAACCAUGUGGGUACGGAGGCGCAUAUGUACCAUUUAUUAGAUGUGCAAAUGAAAUCUAUCGAGUCAUUGGAAAAAAUGAAAACGAAGGUCGUCUAGAGGUAAAUAUAAAUGGAGUUUGGGGAAAUCUAUGCAGUACUUCGUGGAACAAUACGGGUGCAAAACUUGCCUGCAAUGCGCUUGGAUUUCAAACUGGAAUUUCAGUGCCAGGCCGCAACUUUCCAAGCUCGAUUACUAAAACAUGGAUGAAAAAUAUAACCUGUACAUUGCAAUCAAAAUCGAUCAGUGAUUGUAAACACAAUCUUGUUGACCAACAAACGUGUCUAGCAUCUGAAUUAGUUGGAGUUAGAUGCUUCAAUGUAAAAGUUAGAUUUCCUUCCAGUGGUGGAGUUGAAGUCCAAUACGAUGGAAUUUGGGGACGUAUUAAAGGAACUGCCACUAGAAAUGAGUGCUCGGUCAUCUGUAGAAUGUUAGGAAAUACGUGUUCUUCUUAUUCUGGUUAUGGCAGUUCUGGGAAGCGAUUAGCAAUAAAUUCAAUGAAGUGCCAUGGAAACGAAUCUGUUUUAACGGAUUGUAAUAUACAAUGGACCAAUGCUACAUCCACCAAUUAUGAAUUCUAUAUCAGAUGUCACGAAGAAAAUGUUCGCUUUCGCAAUGCUGCUACACAUCAUGGCGUUGUUGAAAUCUUCCAUGAUAAUAAAUGGGGUGGAAUUUGUGGUAAAUCUUGGACACGGAACGAUGCUAUUGUCGCUUGCCGAUCAAUGGGAUAUAUGAGUGGAUAUAUCUAUGAUUAUAAACAUCAUUUAAGAGAACACGGAUUUCUGUCUGAUACGAAUUGUAAUGGCAACGAACAAAAUCUAAGGGAGUGUCCACAUGGAAUAUGGGGGUUCCAUCGAUGUAAUAAAUGGGCCGGUGCAGAAUGUUCGAAAUAUAAAGUCCGGCUGAGAGGCGGAAACUCUCCAAAAGAAGGUAGAGUGGAAAUCUUUCAAAACGGGAUGUGGGGAACAGUUUGUGACAGAAACUGGAAUGAUGAAGCAGCUUCUGUAAUAUGUAGAAGCUUAGGUUAUAACCAAGGUAUCUCAUAUGGUGGCUGGAAGUUUGGUCAAGGAAGGGGCACUAUAUGGUUUGACGAUGUUACGUGUAAUGGUGAUGAAACUUUCAUUGAUCAUUGCGCGAAGAAACCCUGGAGUGAUAAAAUGGCUUGUAAUCAUUCGUGUGAUGCAGGUGUCGUCUGCUUGGAGAAGGGAAUUCGAUUGGUUGAUGGCGAAUCAGAAAAAGAAGGACGUGUUGAAAUUUUUCAGACACAUAGAUGGGGUAACCUUUGCGGUGAUUAUUGGAACAAUAAUAACGCGAUGGUGGUUUGUCGGAUGUUAGGUCACAUGUAUGGAAUCGGAUACCAAAUCAGAAAGAAUGUCUUCUUCCAACCAACCAGGUCUUCAUUGUUAAUCCAGACGCCUUUGAAUUGCAAUGGAAAUGAAAGUUCUAUUUUUGAUUGUCCUGUCUUUGCGUCAACACGGUGCCAUUUUCCAGGAGCUUAUGUCAUUUGUGCAGACGUUGGUGUCCGGCUGGUUGAUAAGAUAUCUGACAACGCUGGAAGUAUUGAAGUUCUACUCGAAAACGAAUGGCGAUCGAUAUGUCCUUAUUCAUGGGAAGAAAAUGCAGCAUUCGUAAUAUGUAACAUGUUGGGCUUCGAAGAUGGCUUUGGACUGAGUAAUCUACCAACACCACAACUGCCAAGAAUGAUUAACAAUCUCAAGUGCGAUGGUACUGAACAUGCUAUUGAUGAAUGCUCAUACGAACUAACAGGUCCGAAUUCUUGCAAUUCGAAUAAUGUUGGAGUCUUCUGUACCAUGGUUGAGAUGCGCAUCAAUAAUACAGUACCGAAUAGUUCAUUCGGAUAUCUGGAAAUCUUGUACAAUGGAAUUUGGGGUUCUGUCUGCAACACGUCUUGGUCAAAUUCCAAUGCCGCAGUAGUAUGUCAAUCCCUUGGUUAUAGACAAGGCAAGACUUUUCCAAAUUCCAGAUUACUAUUGACUUCUCGCGGAAAGCAUCAGUCAUGGAUUGAUAAUGUUCGAUGCCACGGAAACGAGAGUUCAAUAUUGUCAUGUAAACAUAGCAAUUUCGGUCACGCCUUUUGCAGAUUCGAUAACUCUGCAACUGUAAAUUGCACAAAUUAUGUUGGUGUUCGACUUCAAGAUGGACGAAAUAGUAGUGAGGGACGUGUGGAAGUUGAGUAUAAAGGAGUAUGGGGUACGGUAUGCUUUGACGACUGGGAUGAUACGAGUGCAACUGUUGCCUGCAAAAUGCUAGGCUACAGAUAUGGAAGAGCAACUGAAACGAAUAUAUUUCUACCUUCGAAGAAACCAAUUUGGUUGAACCGCGUGAAAUGUAGAGGCAUGGAAUCCAGUCUUUUCGAUUGCCCUCAUGCCCCGUGGAAAUGGAACCAUUGCAGUCAUAGACACGAAGCUGGCGCUAUCUGCCAUAAUGGCUCACCACCCACAAUGCCGAGCCGUAGAACCAUCAUUGGCUAACUAACAAUGUUUCUUAGUUCUUAUUUUUUAUUAAUGAAUAAAACUAUUUAUGUUUAAUUAUCCCAUCGUG